AUGCCCGCAAAGAACACCAAAGCACCAGCCGCUGUGGCAUCCAAGCAGGGACCCGCAGACGAGAACGUCUUCCUCUUCAUCCCCAACCUGAUUGGAUACAGCCGAAUCCUCCUUGCUGCUGGCGCCUUAUACUACAUGCCCUAUCACCCAAAGACAUGCAUGGUCAUGUACUCUGUUUCGUGUCUUUUGGACGCCGUUGAUGGACAAGCUGCCCGUUACUAUGACCAAUGCAGCAAAUUUGGAGCAGUUCUGGACAUGGUUACUGACAGGUGCACUACUGCCUGCCUUCUCUGCUAUCUUGCCAUUGCCUACCCGUCCUAUGCCCUCGUCUUCCAGUUCUUGAUCGCCUUGGAUGUCAGCAGUCAUUACAUGCACAUGUACAGCUCAUUGACCUCAGGAGCAACCAGCCAUAAGAAGAUUUCAGAGUCGAGCAACUUCAUCCUUCGCGCCUACUAUAGCAACAAUAAUGUCCUGUUUGCGUUCUGCUUUGCGAACGAGCUGUUCUUUGUUAUCCUGUACCUGUUGAGUUUCAACUUCCAGUCGUCGGCCUUUGGCAAGGUUGUGCUGUACUCGCUUGCUGCUGUUACCGGACCUGUCUGCGCUGGAAAGCAGAUUAUCAACUGCAUCCAGUUUGCCAACGCAAGCAGGAGCCUUGCAGAGAUCGACCUUGAGGAGAGGAAGGCUGCCAAGAAGAACUAG